CCGGAUUAUACACCCGAUUCAAAAGCGGAAUUUCUCGCCUAUGGCCUGGGCCUUUCUCCAGGGCUCAGACGGAAGCAUCAUCAACAUCAACUUCUUUUGGUCAUUGUGCGCCAGUCCGAGGUUGAUGCUUCUCGUAGGAUUCGUAAAUCCCCAUUAACUGCUUUAUCAAUGGAACAGAUGACCAGUUCUACUACUGGUAGUUUCCAAAAAAGACGUCCUUCUGAAUUACCUAUCAGCUCAGUUCAGACUAGUCCAUCUUGUCUUGCAAGCCCAUGCAUGUCUUUCAUGUCAGGAGAACCCAUCUCUUCAGUGCCCUCUAAUUCUGUGAAAAAACCUACUUGCCAGGACUCUGACCUGCGUCCUACUUUGUCUCCCCUUACUCGAAGCUCAUGUGUCAUCAGUCCAAUUGAAGCUCCAGAAUCCUGUCCCAUCCCAUCUUUUUCCGUUUCCAACUUUUCGGGGGUAGCAAGCAUUUUAAAAAAGAAUUUAAUUUCGGCUCCAUCUGCCAAAGUUUGCCGCACUAGUGGGAAGAUUAGCCAAGACAAAGAUGAUCGUGCCAUUCUUCCCCACAGAGCGGAACCUGCUGUAUCAUUUUCGCCAACCAUCUCAGGCUCUAUUAAUUCGAUGGCCCCAAUCGAAGUCAAUUCAACUUCUUCCGCUGGUAGUCUUGUCUGUCACACCAGUGAUUCGUCUUGCUUCAGUUGGCAUAUAAAUCCUCUGCAACAUUCCACUGGGCCUGGGAUUCCAGGUCUUAGCAGUCCAUCUAAAAUUGGACAACUAGAUGAUGUCGCCUUACUUAGGGACAUUGACCAGCACAAUGACAUGUUAGAGGAGCCUGGAAGCUCCGAGACUGAUCAAGUUAGUCCCGAUAAACCUAUCUCAGAUUCCCAGCCCUCCGAUAUACCUUCCCUAUCUGGAGACACAAACACCCUAUUUUCCCGCCUUCCUCGAUGUCCGAAACUCAACAGCCAUAUUCGUGCACGUUCCAAAGAUGAUAGGGAUGAUCGGGAUCGCGAUGAUCGUUGCUUGCUCACUCAGGAUCUUGAUUUGCGUCAACCCGUUGCACUUAAACGACCUGCUACGUUGGCUGCUGAGUCAUCCAUCACACAUCCUUCAAUGCCAUCAUCAAGCUUGCCUCUUAAUGUAAACUCGUUUUCAGGAAAAUCUGAAAUUUCGGCUAAGCGAGUCUGCCCUUCUGGUUCCAUCUCAGGGCCCGAUCAAGAUAAAGCAAAUUUAGUCAUCGACAUGGACUAUCGCGUCCCCGGGCCUACAAACACAUGCCUGACUUCUAUUGAACUUGAGGGUGGCAAUGUUGCUCAACCUGAAGCCAUUUUUCCUGAGGAGGACCUCGAUCUCCGUCGACCAGCGUAUGAUCCCCGACUUCCUGAUACCACUCCCAAGAAGUUUUUCCCUCAUUCAACUAGUGCUCAAUUUAGCCCGAAGUCCCAAUCUCCGUCACCACCUGCACAUUCUUCUUCUCAGUCGAUUUCAGUUGAUGGACUUCAUCUUCCUCCCUCGAGAGCUAUUUUUGAAAUCGUAACCAAGGAAGUUUCUUCUCGUAGGGAAAAAAUGACAACUGAUCGCUCGAGCCCAGUUGGCUGGCAUGCAGCAUACGGCAAAUGCCAAUUUGAUGGUCAGCCGAACCAGAUAUCUGGGAAUCGGGAUGGGCAUCAGCGAGCCAACUUAUCAAACCACUCACAUUAUAAUUAUAGAUCAGCUCGCCAUUUUUCGUCUGCUUAUCCUGUAAACAGAUUUAAUCGAGAUACUCCUGUCUCGCAUUAUCCUACAUCCCCACCUCAGCACAUUAUUCCUCCAUACUCUUCUCCACCUUGCUCCUUUCCACGGCCAUCUUACUCUGAUCAUUAUGGAUCACGUGAUCACCGUGUACACCCCCAGUCUCGCUGGCCCCAUCCUCAUUCUUUUUAUUCUUCCCAUCUGGAGCCCACGACCAAAUCGCUCCCAUGGCAUCGAUCAAGCCCACGCCACUGA